AGCGCGAAGGAGGGGGAUCGCAAACGGCGGUGAAUGCCGAUGACUGCGGUAGGAGGGCUCACACACGAUGGGAGAUGCGUCAUUUUUUGACUACAUCACGAAUUCGGCAGCUAACCUUCUUCAUCACAACCAACUCUUCAGCCCCGGAAGUGUCGCGAACAGUUACGAUCCGACAGGGGGAAGUCAUAAUGCUCAGCAGUUGUGGUCACAUGCGCACCUGCAGCCAGAACCAGCAGCGCCCCCUGCCGGCAGCGCACAUGCACACGACGUCGUGCUGAAGAACGUGAAAACAGGUCUUCCUCUUACGCCACCUGGUAGUCCAGAUGAAGCCAAAGAUCUCAGCACAGCUCAUCGCCACCAGAUGUCACAGCCGCCCGCCAUGCUCUCCACAAACAACGACUUCUCGCUAUCCGCCUUCUCCUCCGGCCACGGCAUGGCCGCCGCCGCCGCCGCCGCUGCCUGGCAUGGCUUCCCCGGUUACGGCGCUCACUCGCUGCCUCUCGCGGAUGCUCACGCGACAGAGGGCGCCACCGUCGACCAGGUGAACUUUGGCGCGAGCACGAGCGCGGGGGCGCUGUCGUCGCAGGCGGUGCUGGCGAAGCCCGUGCCCGUACGGCGACUGUCGGAGAAGCGCAUAGCGCAGGCUCGCGCCUGCAUCGGAUCCGUACCUGGCAUCAUGCCGGACCACAACGACCUCGGGCCCGUGAUGGCGCGCGCGAUCGCGGCGACGACGAGCGCCCAGCGGCGCCCCCGCACGGAGAAGCGGCCCGUGCCGAGCGAGUCGAAGGACGUGCGCUACUACGAGCGCCGCUCGCGCAACAACUCCGCCGCGAAGAAGUCGCGCGACAUGCGCAAGGAGCGCGAGGACGAGAUCGCCGUGCGCGCCUGCUUCCUCGAGAAGGAGAACGCCGUCCUGCGCGCGCAGGUGUCGACGCUGCGCGACGAGGCCGGCUCGCUGCGGCAGCUGCUGAUGCAGAAGCGCGGCCGCCACGCCAUGUGAUGACGACGACGACGACGACGAUGGAUGACGCUACUAGUGCUCGCUGUUCCCAGCAGGGUGCGCGGGCGCGUGCAGUCUUUCACUCGGUAGAUGUGAGCUUCGAAGAUUCCCCACCAUCUCCGGGGGGUGUGUCGCCCCCCUGGCGGCGGUGCAGUCGCGAAUAUUUUUUUAAUACCGAAUGAAACACGGCGGUUGUCUUGUUGUGUAUGCGCGCGGUUCGGCUGCGGUGUUGUUGUUGUUGUUGUUGUUGUUGUUGUACAUAUGUACUGUAAAGUUGCGUGGAGAUGGUAGCGCGGCGAUUUUCGGCUGACGCAUUAUUCGUGAGCUGAUGUGAUAUUGCUACAGCUGCUGCACACCUUGAACAUUGACCUUACUACCGACCAGCCGUCCCCGGCCCCCCUCCACAUAUUAUUAUACGGAGAGGAAAUUUUUUUAUGCAUUCGAUGUGAUUUGUACCAAUGUAUGCACGCGUCUAUAUAUAUAUAUAUGUGCGCGCGCGCGUGUGUGUUUACGUGUUUUCACGGGUGCAGGGUCACGUGAUGUGACCGCUGUUAACUUGAUUAAUACGGGUAUUAUGUUAAUAGAUGGCGCUGCGUGUUCUAGCGUGAAGAGAAUGGAUGCGUCAGUAUGAUGGGAGGGUAGGUGUUACGGAUUGUUGCCAUGCACACUUGCUCAAGCAAUGUACUAUUUUAUAUCUCAGGAAUACCAUGUGUGCGUGCGCGUGCGCGUGCGCGUGCGCGUGCAGGCCCACAUGCUGUGUGUGCUUUUUCGACCCAUUGUGAUCCUAUUUAUACCUCGUUUUUUUAAUUGCGCGGAACAGUGUUCACUUCUUUCACGAGUGAGUUGUUAUUCCGCUUCGUCAUUGGCUCUCAGAUCGUGAGCGCCUCUUGUUCCAGUGUGCUGCUGUCUUGUUCAUGAAGCAAUCGCCCCCAUGCCGUAACUUGCUUAAUGCUCAUAGCAGAAGAAGCCAGAUAGAUUGAAGCCCAGUAUGCACUCACCAAGCUUUUACUGACGAGUAUCGUAAGCUGUGGAGAAAGAGAGGGAAGAGAGAGAGAGGUGGAAAGUGAGAGUGGGGCAGAUGAGAGGGAGUGUGUCUGUGAGAGAAAGAGAGAGAGAGAGAAAAAGAGAGAGAGAGAAGGAGAGAGGGAGAGAAGGAGAGAGAGAGAGAAGGAG